UUCUCUGACUGUCCUUCUCUCUUUCGACAAAAGAGUCCACAAGAAAACUGUAUUCUCUCUGUAUCUAUAUUUCUCUUUACACAUACAUAUACAAUUAUACAGUUCAGUCACUAUACACACACAGUUUCUGCAUCUGGGUUGUGCCACAUUCAUGGCAGAUUCAACAAAGUACCUACCAAUUACUUCAAGAACUUUAGUAUCAGACUUGAAAUUGAAAAAUAUAUUUUCUUUUAGAACAAAGAAAACAAGAGCUUUUGUAUAUGUAUUCGUCGCUAUUUUCGUUGCAGUUACUUUUUUCUUAGCAUUUAAUCCUUCCCCUGAUCCUUCAUCUCCUUGGUUUUCCAAUAUUUUUACAACAAGCCCAUCUUCAUCUUCAUCUUCAUCUUCUCAAUUAUCUUCAAUUUAUUCUUACUUUUUUCCAUCAAAUUCUUCAAAAAGUUUUGAUCUUUCUUCCCCAAGUUCAAAUGUCACCAUUCCAGGAUCUCCAACUGAUAAACCCCAUGUGAAAAAAGAUCCCACAGUUGCUCAAAAUCAAACCCAAGUGAACCAAACCACAAAUGGGCCAAAUUUAGCAACACAAUUCAACAAACCAGAAUUGAAAAAUGCAACUGAAAAUGGAAUUCAAAAACCUCUUGAAUCAGUGCCGAAAUAUAUGGGGAAUGGUUCUGUAAGUGGGCCCAGUCCAAAACUUGAAGAAAAAAACAGAGGAAAUAAUGUUACUUCUUUGGGCCAAAAACAGGGGAAUGAAAAACAAGGGUUUGAUGAAUUGUUGAAGGGUUUAGUGGGUUGUGAUUUGUUUGAUGGAGAAUGGGUUAGAGAUGAGACAUAUCCAUUGUAUAAACCUGGUUCUUGUUCAUUGAUUGAUGAACAAUUCAAUUGUUUCUCAAAUGGUAGGCCUGAUUUAGGGUUUCAAGAAUACAAGUGGAAGCCUAAAGGUUGCACUUUACCAAGGUUGGAUGGAAGCAAAAUGUUGCAAAUGUUGAGAGGAAAGCGGUUAGUUUUCGUUGGGGAUUCUUUAAAUAGAAAUAUGUGGGAAUCAUUGAUUUGUAUCUUAAGAAAUUCGGUUAAAGAUCAAAGUAAGGUUUAUGAAGCCUCAGGAAGGCACAAUUUUAGAUCAGAACCUUCUUAUGCUUUUAUAUUCAAGGAUUAUAACUGCACAGUAGAGUUCUUUGUGGCACCAUUCUUAGUUCAAGAAUGGGUAACCAAAGACAAAAAUGGAACAAGGAAGGAGACCCUGCGGCUUGACUUGAUCAGUAACUCAGCCCAUCAGUACAGAACUGCAGACGUGGUUGUUUUCAACACCGGGCAUUGGUGGACUCAUGACAAGACUGCCAAAGGGCAAGAUUAUUAUCAAGAAGGUGGACAUGUUUAUAGCGAACUUAACGUUUUGGAGGCCUUUCGUAAAGCGAUAACAACAUGGGGAAUGUGGGUUGAUGCUAAUAUUAACCCUGCAAAAACUUCUGUUUUCUUCAGAGGAUAUUCUGCAUCUCAUUUCAGCGGUGGGCAAUGGAAUUCUGGAGGAGCAUGCGACCAUGAAGUCGAGCCCAUCAACAACACUACUUACCUUACGGCUUAUCCAGACAAAAUGGUUGUUUUGGAGAAAGUUUUCAAAGGAAUGAAAACCCAAGUGUUGUAUCUAAACAUAACGAGACUAACGGAUUUCAGAAAAGACGGCCACCCUUCAAUCUACAGGAAACAACAUUACUCAACAGAAGAACUAAAAUCACCAUUACAUUUUCAAGAUUGUAGCCACUGGUGCUUACCUGGUGUUCCUGAUGCAUGGAAUGAAAUCCUUUAUGCUCAACUUUUGGUCAAACAAUACCAAAGUCAACAGAAAAUGUGAAUUGCCUAUACUUGUUAAGUUCCUUUUAAAAAAAUUAUAGAAAUAUAGAUUUAGAAUACAAAUAAGAAUAUACAUAUAGUUUCUAGUUUGAGUUUUGAAAAAUACUGUCUAUAUGUGUAAAUUGUACUCGUAAUUGUAAAGAAAAGGAGGCUUUGGGCUAUAAAUUUUCAUUAAUUUAUUAUUA